CUUUAGCUGCUUUUGACGUAUCUUAUUUUCUUAGCUGAAAAUCCCCUGUUUCCCUCAUUUUCCCUCUGUAAUUCACAUGUUUUUACUUAUCAGUGAACUCUCUGUAUAGUUUAAUGUCUGAUAAAUAAUAAUCAAUAACUGAGAGUCCAUUAAACACUUUGUUGGGGGGUUUUAAAGAUAAUUGUGUGGUUAUGGCAAAUCUCGAGACUCCGCCACAAUUUCCCAGCGAUACCAAGAGUGACAACAUCAAGGAGCGCCUGAAUCUGCAUGUGAAGAGGCGCCUGCAGCAGGAUCCGCAGUCGUCUGCGGAAUCCUCGGCUUCGGCUCCAUGCUCUCCGCCCAAGCGAAAAGGCUCCACGGGCGGAGCAACAAGUGGCGUCCGCAAUGGGAAGAAGAAGCGCCCCGCUGGCAGCGGCGAUGACCAGAAACCACCGGAGAUGAAGAAGCCGCAGCGUGAGCGAGAGGAGAAGAUCAGCAGCACCGUUGAGAUUCUCCAGAUGAUUCUCAACGAGAAGAAAAAUUCCCUGCUCAGAGAUCCGGAAGUUGUGAACUUCCUCGAGGGCGCCGUCCAGAAAGCCAAAACGCCAUCGCAAGGCACAGAAUAAUCAGAUUG